UCUGCUUUUGACGUGAAUAUUUGUGUCCGCAGAGCUUCCAAAACAACAACAAGAAGAAGAAGAAGUGGUCGCGCCUGAAACAGAAGAUCCGUCUGACGACAGCAGUGAGGACGAGGCUGCAGGAGACGCAGAAAUGGACUUCCUGCGCAACCUAUUCUCCAGCACUCUAGGUCUCGGCUCAGCAGAAAAAGUCCUUGAUGAACUCACCCUGGAUGGAGUUGCACAAUACAUAAAGAGCGGCAAAUGUAAAAAUAUCAUCUGCAUGGUUGGAGCAGGAAUAUCCACAUCUGCUGGUAUCCCAGAUUUCCGCUCGCCUGGAACUGGCCUGUAUGCAAAUCUGCAAAAGUAUAACCUGCCGUAUCCAGAGGCCAUCUUCCAGAUUGAUUACUUUAAGAAACAUCCAGAGCCGUUCUUUGCCUUGGCAAGGGAGCUUUACCCAGGACAGUUUAAGCCGACAAUCUGUCACUACUUCAUCAAGAUGUUGAAGGACAAUGGGCUCCUGAAACGCUGCUACACGCAGAACAUCGACACCCUGGAACGAGUUGCAGGACUUGAAGGAGACGACCUUAUCGAGGCUCAUGGAACGUUCUACACUUCCCACUGUGUCAGCUUCUGCUGCCGUAAAGAGUACAACCUGGACUGGAUGAAAGAAAAAAUCUUCUCUGAUGCCAUUCCCAGGUGUGACAAGUGUAGCAGUUUAGUUAAACCAGAUAUAGUUUUCUUUGGAGAGAACCUGCCCGUCCGUUUCUUCACUUCAAUGAAGAUGGACUUUCCCCGCUGCGAUCUUCUCAUCAUUAUGGGGACAUCUCUGCAGGUCCAGCCGUUUGCAAGCUUAGUCAGCAGGGUUCCAAAAAGUUGCCCCCGACUGCUCAUUAACAUGGAGAAAACAGGGCAGGCUGACCCGAUGUUGGGGUUGCUUGGUUUUGGAGGGGGAAUGGACUUUGACUCAAACAAAGCCUACAGAGAUGUGGCUCAAAUUAGUACAUGUGAUGACGGCUGCUUGGCUUUAGCUGACCUGCUGGGAUGGAAGGCGGACCUGGAGAACCUGGUGAAGCAGGAGCACGCGAAGAUCGACAGUCAGGACAAGAAAGAGAAGGUCGGGGAAAGCAAAGGAGAUGCUGCCAAGGCAAGCUCUGCUUCGGCGGGACCGCAGCCCAAAGCAGAGGAGUAGCGCACUAACGAGGCCCCUUACUGAAUAGAAGCUAAUGAAGCUACAUGUGACACGUCACCGUUGACCCUUAAAGGGGGAGAUGGGUACCGGGGUUUGGGAAUGAAGCUUUGAUGAAGGUGUCUGUCAUGCUCUAAUCUUUUAUCUAAGAACAUGUGAUUCUUCUGGGGACACCCGAUAUCCCUUUGCUUCGUGUUGCUCAUUAUAAAUAUCAUUUGCACUUUACUGACAUUACCAUUCUUUCUCUGAGCUCACAUCUCUCUCAGCUGUACACAGCUUUCUCAGCAGCACGGCUCCAACCUUAACGCCUGUAUAUUGUUGCCACACGUUUGCAUAUGUGUGAAAGGUGAUUGAUGGCUUUGCCACGCUACACAAGAGCUGAAGUGGACGGGGCUGACAUGCUCCGGCGCACUUCAUUUCUCUUGAGAGUCUAGUUUAGAUCAAAGAUUUAAAUAAGUCUGUAUAUUUUAGGUGUCAGUUUUCUGCCAAGCUCAAAUGAUUGGCCUGAUGAAAAGUGUCAACCUAGUCCUGAGUGAAAACUAACUUCCUGAUAUGUGAGCUUAGUUGUACUUGUACAUUUAAUAACAACAUAACUGCUUUUGUGGGCUGUUUAAACAGUCUUGAUUAUUUUAAAAUGUUUUUCACAUGAACCUUUUUGAGUUUCUGUAUUUUAUUUUGAAUAAUUUGUGAAACUAAUCAUGUAGAAAUUAGUCAGUCUGUUCAGUCUCUCUUUUCCCUGAUCAGUCGACGCCCUCGCUGCUUCUUCGAUAUGUUUUUUUUUUUUCAUUAUAAAUCUUUAGGAGCAGCCAAAGUGCUGUGUGGAAACAGUGAGAAGAACAGAAAACAGGUGGAAUUUAACACAGAAAACAGUUUCAAUGCUAAACUGGGUGAGGUGUCAGAAUAUGAAUGCUUAUGUCACGGAUUAAAAACUGUUGAGGUGGAAACUAUACCUUGAUUGUGUCUAACAGCUCUGGAAACCCAUGCAUAACUGCAAUAAGAUUUAUAACUGAUCAUAUUCAGUUUUGUCUGUGUUUUUGUCAACCUUAUUAUCUGUCACACAUUCAUGCUUGUGAACACAUUAAGAGUGAUAAAUAUAUCCGAGGCUUCAUACUGACGCGACAGGAACAUGUCAUACAUAUAUGUCACAUGUCGCACCUUGAGCUCCUUGCACCGUUUUCUCUAAUGAAAAACAAGUUCCCAGAAAUUGCGUUAAUGGCCAUAAAAGUAAUGUGUUGACAUUAGGAGGUUUUUUGUAACUUAUUGCUAAAUGAUGUGAAUGCAACACUUUGAAAGUCCUUGUGGUCAUGAAGUCCUAAAGGUGGCUUCUUUGUCCACCUGGCAAUGUUCAGCAAAUGAAGUUUAGCUUCGAUAACUCAGAGUUUCUGAGUCCUGCACAAAUGUUGUCCUGAGGAAUCC